UUACAUACAAAUCGAAUGGUUAUCUCCGCCGUCCGAUCUAAGGAUGUUUUUAAUUUUAUAGUUUCUUCGUGCAGCGAUCGCAAAUUCAACCCGCUGCAGAAAUAUACCGAUGUUUUAACUUAUUCACCGACAUUAAAUCUGUUCCUCGCGCUUCCUCUGGGGAAAUGUGCGUGUAAGUGGGUGUGUCGAGUGAGUUUAAACUUUACGAUGAGUUAAAGUUUGAUCAUGGCCGUGUGGACCCGCGCGGAAAAACAGGGUCAUUUGGACCUGUUGUUGAGUGAUCGCUGGGUUCGGGUCUCCGCGGAACUCACACGGGACACUCUCACAUUGACGGCGGAGGGCGAAGCGAGCGGGCCCGCGGGCUAUUCGGAGCACAACUCUCAUUUAAGAAACGGCGUUUCUAAUGGCAAUGAACAGAACCGAGAUGUUUAUCACAGCCGCGGGCAAUACGACAGUCCGGGUCGGGUCAACGGGACCGGCUCAGACUCGGAGUCCAGUGGUUAUUGUGACCCGGCGGGGCCGGAGGGGGUUCGGAGGGUUCGUAUAGUCAAGCAGGAGUCCGGCGGACUGGGGAUCAGUAUUAAAGGGGGACGGGAGAACCGCAUGCCGAUCCUCAUAUCAAAGAUCUUCCCCGGUUUAGCGGCGGAUCAGAGUCGAGCACUGCGUGUCGGCGACGCGAUCCUGUCCGUCAACGGCAGCGACCUCCGCGAUGCCACGCACGACGCGGCGGUGCAGGCGCUGAAGAAGGCUGGGAAGGAGGUGACGCUGGAGGUGAAGUACAUCAGGGAGGUGUCUCCACUCUUUAAGAAGUCAUCUAUGAGUGCAGAUCUGCCUUGGGAUGGACGUCUUCAGUCUCCAAACCUCAGCAGCAGCGAUGAGUCGCCCAAGAGCAGCGUAACUCGUGACAGAAAGGUCAUCCCGCUCAAAAUGAGCUUUAUCAGCCGAAACCUCACCAUGCCUGACCUGGAAAACAGAUUGUUGGAGCUUCACUCUCCGGACGGCCAGCACACUGUGGUGUUGCGGUGUAAAGACGGGGCCACUGCUCACUCUUGGUUCACGGCCAUUCACACAAACGUUGCUGCCCUAUUGCCACAGAUGCUGGCCCAUAUCAACUCCUUCUUGAGCAACCCUAGCGCCAACACACACUGCACGCUCAAACACAUCGGCUGGCUGGCAGAGCAGCUUGAGCUGGAUGGCGGGCGGCAUCAGUACAGACGAGUCGUCAUGGCUCUCACAGAAAAAGACAUCUUGCUGUUCCAGUCGGUGCCGUGGACGUAUGAGAGCUGGACCUCUCCUCUGUUAACGCACCCACUACUCGCCACACGGCUUGUUCACUCAGGCAGUGUCCGCAGUUCUCCAGCUCUGGGUGGAGAUUUGGUGUUCGCUACACGUACAGGCACAGGUCGAGGGAUUGAGUCUCAUGUGUUUCGUGUGGAGACACACUGGGAUCUGUCCACAUGGACACGUGCACUGGUGCAGGGCGGACAUUCAGCUGCUGAGCUCAUCAAAGAGGUUUCUAUAGGCUGUGUGUUGAACAGACAGGAUGUUCGUCUGAUCCUGCAUUAUGACAGAGGUUUCACUGUGACACGGGAGUCUGGCGAAUCUGUUCUGUUUCACUUCCCCUAUGAGCGGCUCAAGAUGUCUGCAGAUGAUGGAAUCAGGAAUCUUUACCUGGACUUUGGUGCUCCAGAUGGCGAAAUGGUGUUUGAGCUUCACUCGGGGCCGAAGCCUGUGGUCUUUGUGCUUCAUUCGUUUCUCUCAGCCAAACUGGCUCGUUUAGGACUGCUCACAUAAAAUCAACAAGAAAUGAUUGAGGUCCAUUUAUUUCAUUGGUUUAUUGACAGCUACUAUUUUACUCAAGCAGUGUUUUCAUACUUAUACUUGUCUUCUAGCUGACACGUUUGUUCAGUUGAUGUGUGUGUGGGUGUGUGUAUGGGUGUGUGUGUGGAGCUUUCUAGACCAGAAUACAAUCUUAUUUUCCUCUGAUCAGGAACACCAGUCGUGCCUUCUCAUCUAGAGCUUUUACAGCUAUUUUUCAGGCUUAAGGUCACCGUAAAGCUUUGCAAAAUUACCAAAAUUAACAUUAUUCUUGUAUUAUCGAUGUUGUUUGUUUUUCAUGUAACUCUCCUGUAUUUAUGUUUAUAUGUAUUGCAUGGCAAAGACUGUUACAUCUAUGUGUUAUAUUAAUCUUAAUGAAUGUCAUUUGAAUAUGUUCAUGCAAAUAUGGAGAAAAUGAAGCUUUAAACGCAUUCCCUCAUGACUGACCAAAAAUAACCUCCCUAAAGCUAAACUUCUCUGUAAGGUGUUGAAUAGGAUUAAUUGAGUUCAAUCAAUAUAAAGUGUAGGAAUGUUUUAUAUCUGUUCUUUACAUGUCAUGAAAAAUGUUUUUUUCUCAUUUAUGACCAAACCAGCUUCAGGCCUUGAUUUUUUUUUUUUUUUUUUUCCACUGUACAUUAAUGUACUGCUUCUUGAUCCGCAUUAGAUAAGUGAUUAGCCUUUACAGCAUUCCCAACUCACUAGAAACCUGCAAAUGUCAGGGAAUUUUCUGAUUUCCAUGAUUGUGAAGAAAAUGAAUGAAAACAAAAAAAAAAAUGAUUUCUGUAGUAAAUAUACAUUUUCUAGAUAUAAUUAGCUCUUAAACAACAUAGCCUUUUGUGAGUACAAUCUUUAUAAAACUAUUUUUAAUCGUCCAGUUAUCACGCGAGACUGAAAAAGUUGUUGAAAUUCAUUGGUCAGAAGGUGCGGGGACCAUGUUAUUAGCACUGAUAUGUGGUUUGUUUUGGCAAAUUCGCUUUGUCUAUCAGUAAUAUCAAAUAUAGCAUCAGUGUAUAUUCUUUAUUAACAUAUUAGCUCUUUAUGUAAUGCAAACCGAGUUUGAGCACAUUAUCUUCUAUAGGAACUGAUCUUUUCAAGCCUUCAGACUUAGUAAAAUCAGACACAGACACCAUAGUUUAAGUGCAGUACUGAAAACAUUCCCUCAAAAGUUUCAGUAUUAGACAGUAUGCACAAUGGAGGCAGUAUGAUUUGUAGGAAAAAAAAAAAAUAUGAACAAUAUAUGACAAUAUGUGGAAGUUAUAUGAGAUGAGAUUGUAUGAAGGGCUUUCUCUCAUAACCAUUGCACAAGGUUAACAGAAGCAAUAUUAUAGCAUUUAAGUGCCCUUAAACUUUUAUAGUCUAUUGUACUACGUACUAAUACAAUAAUUAUAUUCGAAAAUGAGAAGUAAAGAAUUUUUAUUCACAUGGAGACCUUCUUGUUUUCUUCUAAAAGCGUCUAUUAAAAUGUGAUGUGACACUUUUGGCUGUAAUUAUUGAUUAUUCUUUCCCUCUCUGAAGUUGGUGAUCCGUCAUGCCACAUUAUUUUCAUUCAUGUUAUGAUGUCAGACCUCUUUCUGAGACCCAUUGCAGUGUGCAUUUGUCUUAACUAUGAAACUGUGUUUAAAAACACUUGGCCAGGUUAAUAAAUUGCACUUGCGUAAGUGAUCUGUUUGGACCUGUCAGCCUGAUAUUUGACAUGACCAAUGCUUCAGACUAUGAAUGUACUUUAUAAACCCAUAGAAACAUGCCUCAUUUCAUUAUUUGUUUAGUGUUUUGAGUUAAUCGCUUAUUUUGAUGAGGAAAUGUUUAAACCAAAGUUCACUUGUGGCAGCUUGCAGUACACAAUCAAAUGCAAAAAUGCUAUUUUGUUUGUACGUGUAUGAUAACUCAAAGCCUGUAACCAGAAGCUAUGCAUUAUGUCUGUAUGUAAAUGCCAUAUAUAAAUAAAACAUCUUAAUUACA